CUUAACAUCUCUAAACAGAAUUGUUAUUGUUUUUAGUUUUCUAUACUUGCUGAGUAACAAUGAAUUUAACUGUUGUCUACGUCACUGUUGGUACCACAAAAUUUGAUGCACUUAUUAAUGCAAUGACAUCCACACCAGUUUUGCACGCAUUACAAAAGCUUAAGUGCAAAAAACUUGUGUUGCAGCACGGCAACUCUACGCCGGUAGCCGACUCCGAGAUUCAGCUCAUUCAUGAAAAAUACAGCAUUCAAGUUGACCAAUAUAAAUUCCGACCAAAUGUUGAGGAUAUUAGAACUGCUAAUGUCAUUAUUGGACAUGCGGGUGCCGGAACAUGCAUGGAUAUAUUGAACAACGGCAAGGCAGGAUUAAUCGUAAUCAAUGACGAACUGAUGGACAACCAUCAGAUGGAAUUAGCCCGCCAAUUGGCAUCCGAACAGUAUUUGUAUUACUGCAAAGUGGACGAGAUUAGCAUAAAAAUCGCCUCAUUGGAUUUUGGAGCACUUAGGCCCUACGAGCCGGCUACAGAAAAUAUGCAAACAUUUAUGGCCGCAUUAAAUGAAUUGAUGCGUCAUUAAAAUUAAAAC